AUGGUGACCUCGACCAGCGAAGCCACAACCGCUGCUGCUGGCGGUGUCCAGGCUCCCAGCGCCAGCGUCCCGGCCGACCCUCUCGCCAAGGGUGUCCUGGCCACGGCCAAGCAGUCCCUCAAGGACCUGCUCAUCUGGAAGCAGCGCGUCGUCGUGAGCAACAGGUAUGGCGAGACCACGUGUGAGUGGCAGGAGCCCGACAAGUUCAAGAAUCCCAUCAGCCUCAUGGCCCAGCUCACCCCCAAGGCGUGGCUCUUCUUCAUCUGUGGCCUCGCCGCCUGGACCGCCGAUGCGUUCGACUUUCACGCGCUGUCCAUCCAGACAAAGAAGCUGGCCGACUACUACGACACGAGCAAGACGGAUGUCACCACCGCCAUCACCCUGACCCUCCUGCUUCGUUCGGUGGGCGCCGCCGCCUUUGGCUUGGCUGGUGACAAAUGGGGCCGCAAGUGGCCCAUGGUCGUCAAUAUGAUCAUCCUGGGCCUCUUGCAGAUUGCCACCAUAUACAGCGCCACGUUCCAGCAGUUUCUUGCCGUGCGCUCCCUCUUUGGCCUCUUCAUGGGCGGCGUGUAUGGGAAUGCGAUUGCCAUGGCCUUGGAAGAGUGCCCGUCCAAUGCGCGUGGCCUCAUGUCAGGCAUUCUGCAGCAAGGCUAUUCCAUGGGGUACGUCUUUGCGGCAUGUGCCAACCUGGGCGUCGGCGGCGGGACGGACAGCUGGAAGACCGUCUUCUGGAUCGCGGCCGGCAUCUCCAUCGGCGUCGGCCUCAUCCGGAUCGCGUUCCCCGAGUCCAAGCAGUUUGUCGAGGCCAAGAAGGCGGGCAAGAACAAGGCCAGCGUCGGUGCCUUUUGGCGCGAGUUCAGAGUCAUGCUCAGGAACGAGUGGAAGAUGUGCAUCUACACCAUCAUCCUCAUGACGUGGUUCAACUACUACUCGCACACCUCGCAGGACUCGUACACGACAUUUAUGCUCGUGCAGAAGGAACUGGACAACGCCGGCGCCUCGCGCGCCUCCAUCCUCAUGAAGGUCGGCGCCUGCGUCGGCGGCACCAUCAUCGGCUACAUGAGCCAGUUCUGCGGGCGCCGCCGCUCCAUCAUUUUCGCGGCCCUCAUGUCCGGGCUCAUGAUCCCCGCCUGGAUCCUCCCGAACGAGGAGGGUUCGCUCAGCGCUACGGGCUUCUUCAUGCAGUUCUUUGUGCAGGGUGCCUGGGGCGUCAUCCCCAUCCACCUGAACGAGCUGUCGCCUGUCGCCUUCCGCUCCUCGUUCCCGGGCGUCACGUACCAGAUUGGCAACAUGAUCUCGUCCCCGUCUGCCCAGAUUGUGAACGCCAUUGCAGAGAACACGCUGAUCAGCGGCCCAAGGGGCGAUCGCGUCGAGGCCUAUGGCCCAACAAUGGCCAUUGCCACUGCCAUCAUCGCCACGGGGAUCGCUGUGACAACUGCGCUAGGCCCUGAGCGCCGGGGUCGCAGCUUUGAGGGUGAAAUUGCCGGUCAAAGAAUCGAGGCUGAGCGCGAGACGAAGGAUAUCGAGGCUGUCUCGCCGGGUGUCGAGGAGAAGGUGCCUGGGGCUGACAAGCAGUCGAGGAGGGCUUCAGAUCACCCUUCCUAG